ACCUGUAAUUAUCCCGGUUCAUUCCAAAUCUCUCCGCCACGAUCCCUCCAAAUCCACCGACCGUUUCACCGAGGAAACGCCGAUUCCUAACCUGAGACUUUGAAACGCCGUCCAGUUGGAUCAGGUGGGUCCUACCGAUGCAGCGGCGACCAGGCGAACCAUUAUCAGCAGUUAUUUUUGCUUUCAUCAAUGGGGAAUGCGGUUGGCUCGUUUUUCUCUGGAUUUGCUCAAGUUGUUGGCAACAAUCUCGGCCAUCCUCUUGAUUUCCUCUCUGGAAAAUCUUGCAACUCGGUAUGUGGUUCAACAUGGGAUAUCCUCUGUUACAUCGAGAACUUCUGUGUCGCGCAUUUGCUCAAGUUGGGCAUGGUGGCAACCUUGUCUUAUUUUGGAGAAAACGCAGGAGGAGAAAGAGAGACCUCAAAGAGUUUGCUGCCACUAGUGAUGAAAACUGUGAAUUAGGGGACAAGUCUGAAACCCAACACACUACAGAUCUUGAACAUAGGAGAUCACAAGUUAGUAAAAGGAGGGAUUACAAAAACGAGCAUCUGAGAAGAUCUUUAAGGCCUCGUAGUCAUCGACCAUUAAUGAAGUUAUCUGGGGGUUCCAUUCAUCUGCAUAGGAGAAAGAUUUUGAAUAAUUUUGGUGAUCAGGGUACCCAGUUCACCCACAUAUUCGAGUAACCAGGAGUUCAAAAGGAUUAGGCAUAGAAGCUGGGAUUCAUCAUAGCAGGCUGUAAAUUCUAACAAUGCAAUGAGAGUGCAUAGCUUUGAUUUUACUCAAAAAACCAUAUAGCUACUUUUCAAAGUAUGGCGUAGCAGUCAAGGUUGAUGGAAUAAGUCCUCAGCCGAAGUACA